UGCAGAGGGAUGUAAGAUGGCAGAGCUACAAAUGUUGCUAGAGGAAGAAAUUCCGGCCGGUAAACGAGCGCUUGUGGAAAGCUACCAAAAUCUAUCGAGGGUUGCAGAAUACUGUGAAAACAAUUAUGUACAGGCCCAGGACAAGAGGAAAGCUCUGGAGGAGACCAAAGCCUACACCACCCAGUCCCUGGCCAGCGUGGCCUACCAGAUCAAUGCCUUAGCCAACAACGUGCUGCAGCUGCUGGACAUCCAGGCCUCACAGCUGCGCCGAAUGGAGUCCUCCAUCAACCACAUCUCUCAGACGGUGGACAUACACAAGGAGAAGGUGGCGAGGCGAGAGAUUGGCAUCCUGACCACCAAUAAGAACACGUCGCGCACGCACAAGAUCAUUGCCCCUGGCAACAUGGAGCGGCCGGUCCGGUACAUCAGGAAGCCCAUUGACUACACGCUGCUGGACGACGUGGGCCACGGUGUCAAACAACAAGGGAUCAACCAACCAACGAGGGGAGGAGGAGGAGGAGGGACAUUAUCCAGGACCAAUCCACCCACACAGAAACCCCCGAGCCCGCCCAUGGCUGGUCGUGGGACUCUUGGGCGAAACACCUCCUAUAAGACCCUGGAGCCAGUCAAGCCGCCAACCGUCCCCAACGACUAUAUGACCAGCCCUGCUCGACUAGGCAGUCAGCACAGCCCUGCACGCACAGCCUCCCUCAACCAGAGACCCAGAACACACAGUGGCAGCAGUGGGGGUAGCGGGGGGCGAGAGAACAGCGGUGGCAGCAGCAUUAGUGUUCCUCUGGCCGUGCCCACGCCCUCCCCUCCCAGCCUGGGACCAGCAGCGGCCCACCAAGGCCCAGGCCUGGGUCCCAUCCCUAUGGCCCAGUUUGGCACCAUCUCACGACAGGUCUCCCGCCACAACUCAACCACUUCCUCAGCCUCCAUGGUGUCGGCCACGGGUACCUACCGCCGGGCGCCCUCCGGCAGCUCCCAUUUCUCCAUGUCCCAGCAGCCCCACCUCAACGGGGGCCCUGCCUACUCCCAGAACUCAGUGUCUGUAGCUCCUCCUCCUCCUAUGGUCCAGCUGACUCCUCAGAUCCCUCUGACCGGCUUUGUGGCCAGAGUGCAGGAGACCAUUACAGACGACCCGGCCCCCCCUCCACCGCCCCCUCCCGAGGACGUGGUCAUGUUUGACGAGCCCUCGCCCCCUCCCCCGCCCCCUCCCGUGGACUACCAGGGGGAUGAGGAGGCGGCCGUAGUGCACUACAAUGACCCCUACUCUGACCGAGACCCCCACUGGGCCCCCAAGGCCUACGCAGAGAAGGUGGUGGCCAUUUAUGACUACUCCAAGGAUAAGGAGGACGAGCUGUCCUUCAUGGAGGGCUCCAUCAUCUACAUCAUCAAGAAGAACGACGAUGGCUGGUACGAGGGCGUAUGCAACGGCGUCACCGGCCUCUUCCCCGGCAACUACGUAGAGUCCAUCAUGCACUACACAGACUAAGGGCGGCCAUUUUGAAUGAGAAAAAAACGCCAAGAUGUUACCAAAAAAAACAACCAUUUUGAAUCAAAUGCUGUGUUUAGUAUUUGAAACGAUAACGUAGGUUUUAGUAAGAUGUUGUUUUUUUGGGGGGGGAAGCCCGCCACAACUCUUAUCCACACAGCAAAAUAUACAAUAAUAAAACAAACAUAAAGAAGUGCAUUAGGACAUGACCGAAUGUUUGUUUUUGUCCAAAUCGCAGAUGUUAAAAAGAAGCAAAAUAGUAUAUUUACUAUGCUACAUGUUGAAGGGAGGGGUGGGGAGCUGGGCCAUGGGACAGGGAAUAGGGGAAGGCAAAAAGAUAUGAAUGUGAUUUUUCUUAUUUCUGAUGAUAUUUUGUUUUUGUUAUAUAACUUGUAUAUACUGUAAUGUGUGAAGCUGACAGUUGGUUUGUCAGUAGUGUGUUUUACCUGUGAGUUUUCAUCUGCGUCUUUUGAGUGGUCAACAGCAAGCCAAGUUGUGCCAGAUACAGAUGGUUUAACUCAAUCAUAUUCUGUCGUUGUGUUUCGGGUAUUAUUUUCUUUUUCUCUUUUAGUGCCAUUUCUACCCUAGGCUCGGCCAAUUGUCACUUGAUAAGAUUUUUUUUUUUUUAUGUGGAAAAUAAAUUGUAUCUUACUUAUUUUUUUAUGCUGUCAGGCUACUGUAGAAAAUGGUUCCUGAAAUGUGCUCGCUUCAAAUGGCAAAGAAACGGAUUAUUGUACUUUUGUUCCAUCAUGGUUCCAUUGUGUUGGAAUGUCUGCUUAGUUCCCCAUUUGCUUUUUAUACUACUUCAAUUUAUAUGGUUUUGAUUGGGACACCCGGGUUGCGUUCAGGCUAUCCAACCGUUGCGUUAUCGUUUUUAGUUAUAUCAUCCUGGGUUUGUCAGUGGGGUCUGGAUAGGUGCUUAUCUUUGGUGCUUGAUAACAAUUAUCACCUUCCAUUAUCAACACAACCUCAAAACAAGGACGCAAGGCUGUCAAAGAACGGUAUAGGCUGCUAGCCUACCUUAUUGAGCAGUACAGGGUGAUUUGUAACAAUGCUAAAUGUUCUAUCUUGAACGUACCCUUGCUCUAUCCUUUCUAUCACAGUGGAUGUAGACAAUUUAGCAGUGCAUUGUUAUCUCAAAUGUACUAAAACGAUGGGUUACGGCGAUGACCGUGGGUUACGGCGAUGACCGUGGGUUACGGCGAUGACCAUGGGUUACGGCGAUGGCCAUAGGUUACGGUGAUGACCAUGGGUUACGGUGAUGACCAUGGGUUACGUCGAUGGCACCAUGAAGUAGACAUGCCGCACAGACAAAGGUAUGUUAAAGCUUGGACGUGCAGACCAUUUAAUGUCAACAUAAUCAACAUGACCAUUAUUCAACCUCAAUGUAUGCAUGACUACAUGAAUACAUCAACAAAAAACAUUUUUUUAUUGUGAAUAAUAAUUUGCCACAACAUCCAGUUAUUGAUUGUACUUUUAACUUUUCCAUCAGAGGUCAAUUUUGUGAGAAACAACUUUUUUUUUACCUAAGCAUUUCCAGCACUGCAAUUGAUUGUUUUGAAAGAGUGUCUGAGACUGCCGGUCAUGGUUUGGUAGCAGUUUGGAUUUUGAUUUAUUUAUAUUUUCCUAGAAAGAUAUUAUUAGACAACCACUAUGUUUACCACUAAAACGUGAAACACUUCGGGGCUCCACAAUGCGCCUUGAUUUGAAGUCUGUUUUAUUAGAUGAAAUGUGGGGAAAGUGUUUAUCUGUAACUUAACUGUUCAUGGGAACAGAAUGUGAUAUUUCUCGUCUCGUCUCUUGGGGCUCUAUCCGAUCUGGAAAGCUGAAGCGUUACAGAUGCCGUAAUAGAAAUUGAAAGGGAAUCUCUGAUUGAGCCGAUAAUAUGCAGUGUUUUGCUGUGAAUGCCGUCUCCGAUUGAGACGAUAUAUGCAGUGUUUAUCGUGAAUGGCGUCUUCGCUAAAGUGGGAACAUUGCCUUCUUGCUGUAAAGCUGAACUUCCGAUGCGGAUCGAAUAGAGCCCCUGGUUUGUAUAUAUAAUGUGUUCAUUUACAUUCAUGUACAGUCUUUUUUGUAAUAAACAGCUCACCGAAAC